AGGCGCGCAACUAGCACAUCCCUAGGCUUGGGUCGAGGAAAAAAUAUCUUCAUUCCAUGUCGUCCAAAGGGAACUACGAAUCGAUAGAGAGGGGAGAUCCUGGCGCUGCUCAGUCACCGCGUAGCGUUGCACGACAGCAGAAGUCUGGCGGGAUGGGUUGCUGCGGUGGUGGCGAUGGAGAUGAUGCGGAUGGAGGAAAGAAACACGGAUCACCUGUGAAGUUCGAUCCCAACUUCAAUGGCCCGGUCAAGAAGAGAAGCUGUACCGACAUCAUCUGUCUGAUUCUCUUCCUCGCGUACAUGGUUGGAAUGGUCAUUGUGGGCAUUUUUGCAUUCAUCAAUGGCGAUCCUCAGCGGCUGCUCAACCCUGCUGACUCUGAAGGACGGAUGUGUGGACAGAGCCCGGGAGUAAAGGAUCGACCGAAGCUGCUGUUCUUCGAUAUCACGCGUUGCGCAGCCAGUGCCUUUACUUCUUUGGAUCCAUCUCAAUUGUUUUCAUGCGCCACUCCACAGGUUUGCGUAAAGGCGUGUCCCGACUCCAAUCGCAUUGGAGUGACUUCUCUGGAAAGCAUAACGACCAAUAUCUACUGUACGGAUGGCAGGACAGUCAGUCAACGUGAUACCGUAACAUUGGCGAAUGACAUCAUAAAUGGCGUCUGCCCGCCUUACUACCUGAGAAGCGAAAGCGUUCUAGGGCGGUGUGUGCCCGUCCUAGCCGACUUUAUCAGCUUGCUAAACGCCACCAUCCAAGAUGACGGCGGCACUGACCUGACAACUGCCAAUGGCACUACCAUAGGGGGACAAGGGGUCACGGAUGGAAUAAGAUCCUUGGCAAGAUUCCUCAACUUGCGCUCCGUGGCUGAAGAGGUGUGGGCAGAUAUGGGACAGAUCUGGCCUUGGCUGCUUGGAGGUUUUGCUGUCAUCCUCGUCCUCUGCUUUCUGUACAUUUUCCUGAUUCGGUUCAUCAUCAAGCCGAUGAUCUACAUCACCCUGGUAGCUAUUCUAGCUGUUUCCAUAUGGGGAAUAUAUCUCUGCUACAAAGAGUACACGGACCUCAAGAACAAUCCCAGGACUGACAGUGCCUCUACUUUGCUGGACACUUUCCGUUACCAGGAAGAAACCUGGCUUGGCCUAGGUAUUACCCUGACAGUCAUUGUGGUCAUAUUGAUCCUGAUCUUCCUGUUCCUGAGAUCUCGUAUCAACCUGGCAGUGGAGGUCAUCAAACAGUCCAGCAAGGCUGUUGGAAGUAUCAAGAGCGCUGUGUUCUUUCCACUGGUGACCUAUUUAAUGCAGUUUGCCUUCUUCGCGUGGUUUGUUGGCGUCGGAGUGUUUCUUGUGACCUCUUCUACCGCACACUAUGCUUAUGAGAACUUCAACGGCGAUGGAGUUCGCACCUAUGCUUUUAAUGAGGGCUUCAACUACACUUUUGGAGCAGAAUGUGAUCCCGCCUCUAAUGAUUCAACUUUGCUGAUAGAAAACAACGUGACCAAUUUGACAAGCUGCACCUUCAAGGAGUACGUUGCCAACGCACAGCUCUUCCGCAUCCAGCUGUAUCAUUUCUUCGGCUGGCUGUGGGGACUCAACUUCAUUCUGGCACUGGGUCAGUGUGUUCUGGCCGGUGCGUUUGCCUCCUACUACUGGGCGUUUGACAAGUCCAAGGACAUUCCCACGUUCCCUGUGCUGGGCUCUCUGAAGCGCACCAUGCUCUACCAUACAGGCUCGUUGGCAUUCGGAGCUCUGAUCAUUGCCAUUGUUCAGUUCAUCCGUGCUGUCCUUGCUUACCUGGAGGCCAAGCUAGGCGGCUCGGAGAACAAGGUGGCCAGGUUCAUUGUCCGAUGUCUGGCUUGCUUCUUCUGGUGCCUGGAGAAGAUCCUGAAGUUCAUCAACAAGAAUGCUUACAUCCUGAUCGCCAUCUAUGGGUAUAACUUCUGCAAGGCAGCACGCAAGGCAUUUAACUUGAUCCUCCGCAACAUCGUCAGAGUGGUGGUGCUGAACAAGAUCACAGCGUUUAUUUUGUUCCUCGGAAAGUUGCUCAUUACGGGAAUAACAGGUGUCAUUGCAUUCUACGUGUUUGACCACUUGCGCACCAAAGAAGGUCUCAACUACUAUCUGAUCCCGAUCAUUUUCUUGUGUAUCGUUGCCUUCAUUACCGCACAUGGAUUCCUCAACGUCUUUGACAUGGCCAUUGACACAAUCUUCCUCUGUGUCCUUGAGGAUCUUGAGCGCAAUGAUGGCAGUCCUAACAAGCCUUACUACAUGAGCAGUGGCUUGAAGAACGCCUUGUCCGUGAAGAACAAGCCGGACUCCGACCAGGCAGACACGGCAGACAAGGCUGAAUGAUGCUCCAUUUUACAUGCACAUGCACGCUGCUGCUGAAUGCGAUGUUCUUGUGGUGCUGUUUUGGCAUAUGCCACAUGUCUGCUUGUUCUGUUCAGUCAGCUGGCCUCAUGAAGUAAGAAGAUCUUGCAGUUUUAUUCAUAAUUCCAGGCAUUUAUAGAUUUCUAGCCAGUUUAAUAAUUCUCGAUAAUUCUAGUGUUUAUUUUCUUUGUCUUUAAACGAAGCACAAAGGUAGCAGUAGCUGAGCUGGUCUAAUUGAUUUUUCUUUGGAACUUAUUUGCGCAUUGACAAAAAAAACAGACAAAAUAUUCAGCUGUGCUUGGGUUGGUGGUGAUAUUUUCUUUACUGUUUAGAUCAAUUUUACUUAUUGAUGUGGUGAUGUUUACUGUUUCUUGUCAUCUCCUCAUGAAGCAUACAAACAGGAGUUUCAUUCAUCAUCCAAAAAAACUA